AUGCGAUUGCUGCACACUACGACACUCGAGCUGAAAGAAUUCUUCGUCACUGGCGAUGACCGUACAUAUGGCUUCUAUGAAGAUGGGAGCAUCAACGUUGGCGGCCCCGAAGAGAAAAAUAUCGAAAGGUGCCCAAAAUAUGCGAUCCUCUCCCAUACCUGGGGUUCCGACGAAGUGCUAUUUCAGGAUAUCACGGGUGAACGCUCCAAAUUCGAAAACAAAGCUGGUUUUUCCAAAAUCAAAUAUAGCUGUCAAACAGCUGCACUAGAUGGCUACGAUUAUAUCUGGAUCGAUACGUGCUGCAUUGACAAGUCCAGUUCAGCUGAAUUAUCGGAAGCCAUCAAUUCUAUGUAUGAAUGGUAUCGGAGCUCUGAUGUAUGCUAUGCGUAUAUGUCAGAUGUCUACACUACAUCGGACCGGUCCGAAGAGCAAGAUAAUUUCGCUUCCAGCUUUUCGGCCUCCAGGUGGUUCACUCGCGGUUGGACAUUGCAAGAACUUAUUGCUCCAAAGACAGUCCACUUUUACAACAGCGAAUGGAUCUUCCUUGGCACCAAAGAAAACUUGACAGACCUCAUUUCGACAACGACAAAUAUUGAUGCAUGCGCACUAGAUGGUGUCCAGGACAUGAGUGGGUUCUCAGUCGCUCGACGGAUGGUUUGGGCGUCUAGAAGAAGAACAACUCGGCUUGAGGAUAUAGCAUACUGUCUGCUCGGUAUCUUUGGUAUCAACAUGCCGUUGCUGUAUGGCGAAAAAGGGAAUGCUUUCAUACGUCUCCAGCAUGAAAUUAUGAAAAUCACGAACGAUCAAUCGCUAUUUGCAUGGGGUUUAACUGCUGCUGACAUGGGUGUUUCAUCACCUCUGCUCUUCGGCGAGGGCCCGCUGGCUACGUCGCCUGCCUCUUUUCGUUUUUCGUCCGUUAUAGCACAGUUUUGCUCUUUCAAACCGAGUCUUCCAUUAGCAUUACCUGCGGAGGGGGGUGUCUGUGUGAAGGUUUUGCUUAGGGAGGGGAAUUUGAUGGAGGAUCAUAAAACUUCUGCUGUCGCCAUUCUGCAGUGUGAUAUUGGGAAUGUGCCAGGUGUUCUUACAGGUAUAAAACUUUCACGCUGUCGAGACAAGGAAUCUGUAGAAAUUCCCGAGUUUGUUCGUUCAAGUGACGCUAAAGUCUUGAUGUUUUCGAGGUGCACUUCGAAUAAUGAGUUUUCAACAGAAGGAUUCGACCCGAAUGAAGCACAAACGCACCUAACACAUAUCGAUCAAGAGCACAAAUCCACGUAUGAGAACUGGAAACCCACAACAAUAAUCAUCAAAUCUUGCGAAGGAGGCAGCUUGCCGUUGUGGCCGAGAUUCCGUUUCGCUUGCCCAAUUCUCAUCCCAGAUACAUGGCUUGAGAUCAUUGACGUCUAUCCCCCUAGGUUUUGGGAUUCUCACAACGGAGCUCUUUGCCCUUACACCUAUGGCUAUGUUGACUGCUCAGAUCCAGUUCUUGUUUGGCUUCAUUUUCAGGGGCAUUACUGCACCCUUGUGCUUAGCCUUUGGCACCUUUACGGCGACUCUCACCCUGAUACUGUAUGUACUAUGAGUUGGUUUAAGGAUAUCAAGGGCGUCAAACGUCAAAUGACUGAGAUACAAAAGUCAUUUAGUGUUGCUGGUAAACCUCACCGGGAGCGGAGAUAUGAAAGACAGAAGGCGUUCAGUGAUUUCUUGGGCACGAAAUGGGGUGCUGAUGAUAUUGGAUGUGAAUUGUUGGAAAUACAGAAAGACUUUUCAGGGACGCAGGUUAUAAGGCUUUUCCUCAGGGACCAUGAGGCGGAUAUGCAGUUAGAUGAUGAAGAUACGAUGCAGGCAGAAUGGUUAUCUUCCAGAGGAUAUGUCUCAGCAGAUGAAAUGUAA